GAAUGGUAUGUUCUGCCAAUUACUGACAGUAUAUAAAGGUCCAAGGCUAGUGGAAGACACACAGUUCACCACAUCCUCUCGCAACCCACGUGAAAUCUCUUCUCUUGACAAGAUGUGUUGCAACUACGGUAACUCUUGUGGCUAUGGCUGUGGCUAUGGCUACGGCUGCGGCUAUGGCCCCUAUUACAGCUGGAGUUAUGGACCUGGCUAUGGAUGUGGAUAUGGCUCCCGGUAUGGCUGUGGCUCUGGUUGUGGAUAUGGCUGGGGAUAUGGCUCCUGCUGUGGCUACGGCCCCAGAUAUGGCUGUGGUUAUGGCUAUGGCUCCGGCUGCUAUGGUUACCGGCCAUAUUGGUAUAGAAGAUGUUAUUCUUCUUGCUGUUAGAACAUCACCCCAUUGUCCUCUAAAUAAGACACAUCUAAUGAGAGGUCUGAAUCAAGGAUUCAUACCUCACAUUUUCUAUGUCCACGAAAUUGCAUGCUUCUCAGAGGCUCACUCCUUCAAGCAACAUUUCUGGAAUGGCAUGUUGUGCCUGAAGGCUGUGUGGUAUCAUCUGACUCUUUUCUAAAUGUUGGUGUUUAUUCCCUUACUCUGGAUUCUGUCAUCUGACUGUGGCAACAAGCCUAAUACCCCACAGUUGGGCAAAUUCCUUAUUCUCAAUAAAAAUGAUUCUUUGCUUCUAAUAUAUCUCUAUGUUCUUGCUUGUGAAUUACUCCUUUUUUUGAGGUAUUAUGAAUUCUCUUGAAAAUCUACGUGACAAUAUUUUUCAUGCACAUGAGGGCUCUUCCUUCAUAUAAUGGGAGCCUUUCUUCUCUUAUGUGCAUCAGAGAAAAUGCCUUUUCUGCCUGUGCCUUGCACCCCUCAUGCCCAGGCCCUCACAACUCAACACA